AUGAACAUUGUGGCGAAGAGGGCGAGAGAAGAAACGGAAGUUCCGUAUAGUUAUUUCCAAGAAACUCUAAAGAUUGCGAAAUUUAGGGGUUUAAAAAACUUGGUGAUACUUUCCCGUGAAUUCACCGCCACCAAAAGCCUGGAUAUAAAACAAUGUGAUGAGUUCAAAACCUUUAAAGGAGUGGAACAGUUAUAUGGUUUACAGAAAAUAACGGUUACAGACUGUCGCACAGUUUCUGAAUUAGAACCUCUGAAGCACUGCAAAGCGUUAGAAAGUGUAAAACUCAAGCACUGUCAGGGUAUAGGCAGGUUAAAGGGCUUGGGGCAAUGUAAAGCCUUGAAGAGCUUUCUUGUGAGUAAUUGUGGCAGUAUUAAAAGUUUUAGUAUGUUCAGAUAUCAUGAGAGUAUAAGGGAAAUUCGAAUUGAUGAGUGUGAGCUCUUGCGUAAUGUUGAUGUGCGUGAAGCAGAUAAUCUUCUCAAACUGUCCAUUGAAAAGUGUAAAGCGUUGGAAGAUGUAUACGUGGGUGGAUGUGUAAAGAUGGAGGUUAUUGAUAUUCGUGAAUGUAUCGGCUUACAGAAGGUAAGAGGACUAAAGCAUGUGAAGGAAUUGCGGGAAUUGAAUUUAUCCGGGUGUCGAAACCUGCGAGAGAUAACGGGAAUACACAGAUAUGAAGACACGAGGUUGGAAAAGCUGAAUGUUAAGUGUUGUGAAAAACUGGAGGAUUUGAGAUUUUUGAGAUAUUGUAGGGUGCUGAAGAGUAUUGUGAUUUCUGAUAGUGUGGUUACACAGGAGAGGCUGAAAUUAUUCAACUACAGGGUGGAAGUUAUCAGUGAAACAGAAUACUAUUCAAAACGUAGCGGUGACAAUGACACCUCCCACUCAACUCAUAAUGAACAAGUUGUUAGGUAG